GCUGAAAAGACAAUUGGAGUUGUAGUUUAUGCUGAUUGCUGACCAUUAACAUGAAACCAUGUUUCAUCUCCAACCCAUAAUCACCUCUGCUCUCUUCACAUGACUUCUACUCAAAUGGGCGACAAGCUGUGUACAUCUCUUGAUUCUCCCUCAUUCAUCACUUCCUCUCUUCCACAUUACAAGCUCUACAACCCUAUCUUCAAGCUUCAGCUUCUAAACCCAAAACCCACCUGUAAUACUAGCAGCAAAUCAAGAACAACAAGAAGAAAAAAUGGGUUGCUCAAUCUCACUGUGCUCUGUGCACCCAUUUCAUCAGCACCCUCCUCCCCCGAUUUCGAUAUUGUUUCUACCUCAGAGGGUUCUGAUGGAAGUUUUGUAUUUCGGUUUGGGGAUGCUAGUGAAAUGGAAAGAAUUAGGGAACUAGAGGAAUUGAGAAAAUUGGAAGAGUUAAGAGAAUUGGGAGGAGGUAGCAAUGAGAUAAGUUAUGAUUUGAAAGUGUUGGAUGGAAACGAUGAGGAAGAAGUGGUUGUUAAAACUAUAGAGAGAGAAGGAUUGGAUGUUAGUGAAGAACAUAGUGACUUUAUACCAACAUCAAGUGAAAAUUUAAUUCAAGAGAGUGAUGAACGAAGUUCACAAGCUGAUAUUCUAAAUGCUAGCGAGGAGACGUCUACUUCGGCACUGGAUUCUGAAAAUGCAUGUAUGACAGAAAACUCAACGCAGAAGAAUUGUCAUGAAAAUUCUACAUCAACAUGUUCUCUUUCUAAUAAUAGUUUAACAAUAGAAGGGAAUAUUCCUGAACCAAAUAUUGGUGAUGAAUCUGUGUCUGACUCUGUAAAUGUAGGCAUCACAGUCACUGAAGUUGCACAAAGUGAUGAAGGGGAUAUUCGAAAGAAUAUCAGGACGGAAGAUGCAGGUAUCGAUAAUUCUGUCCGAGCAGUUGGUAUAUUAGAACAUGAUGUGGACUCCGGUAAUGCUCAUGAAGGAAACAAUUAUAAUGACUCUUUGUCUGACUCUGGAAAUUUACCCGAGUCGUUCACUGAAGUUCCACAAAGUAAUGAUGCUUGUAAAGACGAUAGCCAAGAGAGUCUUAGCAGUGAAGCUGCUGGAUUUGAAGAGUCUCCUCAAGCAGAAACUAUUGAAACGCCAGUAAUGCUUAAUGAAAGUUCCUCCAUCUCAACACUAGAACCAGAGAUAACAGAUGUUGAAGUAUUAAUCGGAGAUAUGGCAAGAGUAUCUGAUAGUGAUGCAGUUGAAGUAUCAAGUGGAGAUCUCACAGAUGCUGGAGCGGACAUGCAGCUAAUAAGAAAUCACAUAAUUAGGAGAACUACAGACAUGGAAGAUCACAUCAAAAUUCUGGAGACGAAAAUUGAAGACCAGAAUGGCAGGUUUGAUGAGCAAAACAGAAAGUUUGAAGAAAUGAUGAGAAUGAUGAGAGAUAUUGAGGAUCUAAGCAGGAACUUGAAGGAUGUCAACUCUCACUUAGCAGAAUUAUCUAGAGACCUAGAUACAGGUGGAAUCGAUUCCAGCAGAUCAUCCCUAGGUGAAGAAAUAUCUACUCCAGAACUCUGUCUUUCAUCUGGUGCAGCUUUAUUGCCUCAUCCCUCUAAGGCAUUGGCAGGUGGAGAGGAAUCAUACUUUGUUACUAAUCUGAACUGGCUAGGGGUGGCCGAUGGAGUAGGACAAUGGUCGCUUGAAGGCAGUAAUCCAGGAGUUUAUGCUCGAGAACUCAUGGAACACUGUGGGAAAAUUGUCUCAAAUUCCAGUGGUAUAUCAAUUCUUAAACCUGUAGAAGUUCUUCACAGAAUUGUCGCGGAAGCUCAAUCUCCUGGAUCAUCAACUAUAUUGCUUGCUCACUUUGACGGUCAGAUUCUUCAUGUUGCUAAUAUUGGAGACUCGGGGUUCAUCGUAAUAAGAAAUGGUACUGUUCAUAGAUGUUCUUCUCCAAUGCAUCACGAGUUCCACUUUCCUCUGCAAAUAGCAAAAGGUCAUGAUCCCUCUGAGCUUGUGGAGGAAUACCAAAUUGAUUUAGAACUUGGUGACAUAGUUGUCACUGCAACUGAUGGGCUUCUGGACAACCUAUAUAUGGAAGAGAUAGCAUCAACUGUCGCAAAGUCAUUGGAUGCCAAAAUAAAUGCCCAGGAAAUAGCGAAACUCUUGGCUAGAAGAGCGCAAGAAGUGGGGAAGUCUGCAUUUGGAAAUAGUCCCUUUGCAGAUUCUGCUCGGGCUGCUGGGUACAAGGGAUAUACUGGUGGUAAGCUUGAUGAUGUUGCUGUCAUUGUAUCUCUGGUCCAAAAGAGGUUGAUCUCAAAUGCCUAAGCCUUUUGUCCUCCUCCAUUGUUAUAUAUUUUAGAUUCGAUAUCACUCUUGUAAAAGCUGGCUAAGCUGCUCAUGCACUGAUCAUAGAUUUUUAGUAGUAAAGUUAUAAAGGACACUCCUUUACUAUCAUUAGCAAGUAGCACUAUGAAUUAUGAGCUGUUGCUGGAGUAAUAUUCUAUUUAAAGGGCCCGGUAUCGAAAAAUUAUUUUUCA